AUGGUGCGUUUUUUCUAUUAAAAAAAAAUGAUUUUUCCUGAAUUAAUUCUUUCCAGGAUUCACAAUAUGUUUACGAUUGCCCACCACCGAUUUAUCCCAUAAUUUUUGAUGAAAAACCUGACAUUGAACAUGAGAAAAAGAAAGAGGAAAAAUUGGGAGAUCUUCAACAAUUUUCGCAAAUAGUUAUGCCUAAGAAUUAUCAAACUUCACCUGGGAGGAAACCAAUAUUCAUAGUGAUUGUCAUAUGUCUUCAAGUUUGUUUAACUUAUUCUCAAAACAUUAUCUGCAAAUUUUUUGUUUUCAGAUGUUCUUGUUUUAUUCCGAUCGCCUUGAAAACACCAAUCUUGCACGUUUUUAUAAGAAUCUUCCAAACUUUUGGCAAUUCCUUUUGUCUCCCCUUGUUAACCAGAAAUCUCAAGAAUUAUUUUUUCUUCUCAACAUCGCAGUAUUGAUUGCUAUUGGAAUACCAUUAGAAAUUGUUCAUGGAUCUUUUCGGAUGAUUUUGAUUUAUACAUUAUCUACAGUAUACUGUGGGGAGAGCAGAUUAUUUGUAAAUGGUGCAUUUCUGUGUGAAGGAGCUGGAGAUUUUGCAAGGGUUUUGAUUUUUAUACAUAUUUCAAAUGUUUUUAUUGUGAGUUGUUUCUUUGUUCUUCCGGAACCAAUAAAAAAUUUAUUAAAUGUAAGUUUUUUUCAGAACUGGGAUUCAUUUUCUUCAAAAUUUGGUCGUGUUAUUUUUGCAAUAUACUAUAGCGUUGCAUCUCAAUUACACAGUUUUUAUCAAAACGCAACACUUGGAAUCAGCCCAACUUCAAUUCAAAUUGUUUCCAAAAAUCUGAUCAAUAUCGAAACACAAUUUGUGGUUUCCAUCUGGCUCGGAAUAUUUUUCGGAUUAUGUUGGUUGUAUGGUAAAAAUGUGAGUUUUUUUUUACUUCUAAAACUUCUUAUUAUCAGAAAAAAUUCAGAUAGCUUUGUGGAAAAAAGUCGCUUUUGGAUUGACCGCUAUUCUUCAUCCACUUGUGAUUGUUGCCAAUAAACACAAAGGAGUUCCAAUUUUUUGA